AUGUCAUAUGUUAUUAAUUUCAUUUAUCAAAUACUAAAAAUGGAUCAAUCUUUUUGGUCAUCAUCAUCGCUCGACUUUCUUAAUAUAGCAUCUUCAUCUUCCGAUGAAGAACAACACCUGUUGGCAUCCAGUAAUCCCAAGAAGCGUGCCGGGCGGAAGAAGUUUAGGGAGACGAGACAUCCUGUUUUUCGCGGAGUUCGUCUAAGGGAUUCCGGAAAAUGGGUUUGCGAGGUCCGAGAGCCUAACAAGAAAACAAGAAUUUGGUUAGGAACUCACGCAACAGCCGAAAUGGCAGCUCGAGCUCACGACGUUGCUGCUUUAGCACUCAGAGGACGGUCGGCUUGCUUGAAUUUUGCUGACUCGUCGUGGCGGCUGCCAAUUCCUACUUCGGGUGAUUCUAAAGAUAUUCAAAAGGCCGCGGCCGAAGCAGCAAAGGCGUUUGAGCCAAAGGAGAUGAAAGAAGACGAGUCCGAACAUGAAAAUAACUCGGGUGUAUCGGAAAAUGUGGUUUAUUUGGACGAAGAGGCAUUUUUUAGAAUGCCGGGAUUGUUAGUAGAUAUGGCGGAAGCAAUGCUACUGUCUCCGCCGCCGUGCCUAGCGGAUAACAGGGAGGAGGUAGAAACAUAUGCAGCGGAUGUAUCAUUAUGGAGUUUUUCCAUAUAAUUGUUGUAUUACAAGUUCACUGUACAGUACUCAAAUUUUUGAAUAGUAUGCCAACAAGAUAGUCCAAAUUUCCAAUUGUGUGGCUACUACAGUCUGCUGAAUACAUGGCGUCAAUUCUUGCAAGCCUCACUAUAAGCCAAGCCCCUAUAUUUGUUCAAAGAUAUUUAUCAUUAACACUGUUAGUGACGUGUCAUCCCACUUGGACACCUACUAGACGUAACGUCUAGUCACACUAACCACAUCACUGUCAUAUCACACGUUAUAUAAGUGCCACGUUGCAUCAUUAAAAACACCAGAAUCACCCUCAUACUUUCCUUUGCCAUCUAUUUUUUCAUUAACACUGUUAGUUUUAGUGGUGUGUCAUCAAAAUCACCCUCACACUUUCCUUUUCUUCAUACCCAUCCUUGCAUUAUCCUAACGACCAAAACUACUAACCACCGCACUAUCAAC